ACGCCCUUCCGGCGGAGGCAGCAUGGCGGACACGGCGGCUGAGGCCGUGAAGGCCCCGCCGCUCCUGGCGCUGGAGCCGCGGCUGCAGCGCGAGUUCCAGCAGAAGGUGCAGCGGUCCCGCAACAAGCGGGCGGCCAAGGAGGAGCUGACGCCCGGCGUGGUGUUCGUGGGGCACCUCCCGCGGGGCCUCUGCGAGCCGCAGCUCCGCGAGUACUUCGGGCAGUUCGGGACGGUGACGCGGCUCCGGCUCUCCAGGAGUAAGAAGACUGGAGGCAGCAAAGGCUACGCAUUUAUAGAGUUUGAGUGUGAUGACGUGGCCAAGAUUGUUGCAGACACAAUGAACAACUACCUGUUUUCUGAAAGACUGCUCAAGUGUCAGUUCUUACCUCCUGAAAGGGUCCAUGAGGACCUCUUCAAAGGCUGUGACAAAAUAUUCCGGAAGCCUUCCCAGCCGGCGGUCCGGCGGUACAACAGGAUCCGCUCCCUGGUGGAGAAGGCCAGGAUGACACAGCGCCUGCUGCGGAAGGAGAGGCUCUUACGGAAGAGGCUGGCUGAAAAGGGGCUCGAUUAUGACUUCCCAGGAUUUGCUACACAGGCCCUUUGCAAAGAGAGGAAAAAAGUUAAAACAUCCAAGAAAUCAAAACUGAACGUUUCUUUGACCAGCCAGGAUCCUACUCCAGUCUGUACUCCUGCAGUGCUCGAGCGCCGGAAAGCUGCUCAGCUGGAUGAUGAUGCAGAGGAUGAUGAAGUAACUCUCCGACUGCCCCCUGCCAGUGUUAAGAACACUGUGCAGAGGCCAAAGAAGCAGCCAAGGAAAAGACCGAACCUGAAUAUACAGAAAUAGACUUAAAAUUUUAGGGGCUAUAGCCGUGUUUUCCCUCAACUUAAAAACUGUUGAGGUGGACCUUCUAGUGGUUCUGCUGCCCUGGCUCUGUUCAUCCUGACUAGACUGUUUAGUCUUUCCUAGGCAAGGACUGUUCACAAAUCCUCCCCUCUUCUGUAGCCAUCAGAAGACCUAUGGCCUUCUCUGCCUUUGAAGAUUUUCUUGACUUUGUGCUCACAAGUGCCCGUGCUGUGACAUGGCUACAGUCGUGCCGGAACCUUCAGUUAAUUUUGUAACUUGACUCUAGUGCUCACUAUUUGGAAAGAAAAUGUGAGGCUGUCCAUUCAGAGCUUGCUGAGGAAAGCAAAUGUAUCUUAGAUUUAUAAUUAAUGAUAGGUUAUUAAAAAAAACACCAUUUUUCAACUUU